AUGCAAGAUGAUGAUGAAUUUAAAAAAUUACAAAAACAUGAUUUCUUGUCACCAUUCAUCUUAAAUGUUAAUAGCGUAAAGUUUGGUACUAAGGAAUUGGACCUUAAUAACAUUCAACAUGACUUACAUAAUAACAAACCAAUAGAGAAAAGUAUAAAUGCUUUUUCUGAUACUGCAGACUUAACUGAUUUUUAUUCAAAGCUAAUUAGGCAUUAUCUAGGAGAGUCAUUUAGCAGGAGAACACCUAAAUGGAUAGAAAGAUCAAAAGCAAAUGUUGAACUAAUGCAUAGUUCUGUGUGUAAAACAGCCAGAAACUCAUUUAUAUUCAUUGGAGGAACUUACAAAAAUAAUCAUAAUCCAGAGAGAGAAAAUCCACUUAUUGAAUAUAACCAUGAAUAUGAUAUAUGGCUUUUACCUUAUACUGAAGAACCUUUUGAUUGGCGAAUAAAUACUCAAUGUGUUUCGGAUAAUAAAGGAACUGCUUAUAUUUUUAGUGGAUAUACCCAAUUUAUUCCAACUAACAAUAUUAUGCACAUAUUAGAUACAGUUAAUAUGAUUUGGUCAACAGGCUCAAUAGAAAAUGCACCAUCAUAUAGACAUGGAUACACUUCUACUAUGUUAUCUAAUGGUUUAAUUGUAUAUAUUGGAGGAUGCAAUGAUUCUGAAUGUAUACCAACAAAUCUGAAAUCAAAUCUUAAACCAGGAUCUUUUGAAAUUCUUAAAUUGAUUGGCAAAGGAAACUUUGGAAAAGUAUUUCAAGUUCGUAAAAAAGACACAAAUCGUAUUUAUGCAAUGAAAGUUCUUCACAAACAAGAUUUGAUCGAGCGUAGAGAAGUUGAACACACAUUAGCUGAAAAAAAUAUUCUUAUCAGAGCCGAAUCUUGUCCAUUCUUGGUUGGUUUGAAAUUUUCUUUCCAAACUCGUACUCAUCUCUACUUGGUCACUGAUUUCAUGAACGGUGGUGAAUUGUUUUGGCAUUUACAAAAUGAAGUAAGACUCAGUGAAGAAAGGGCUAAAUUCUAUGCUGCUGAAAUUGUUUUGGCUUUAGAACAUUUACAUAAAUAUAACAUCGUCUAUAGAGAUCUUAAACCAGAAAAUAUACUACUUGAUGCUACUGGUCAUAUAGCUCUUUGUGAUUUUGGUCUUUGUAAAGAAAAUUUAGCUACUGGACAAACAACAAAUACCUUUUGUGGCACAUCAGAAUAUCUUGCUCCUGAAGUAUUAGCUGAAUGCGGUUAUGGUAAAUCUGUUGACUGGUGGAGCUUAGGAAUAUUGUUCUAUGAGAUGAUUGCCGGCUUCACACUAAUCUGGGAAUUAAUGCUUCAAGCUGGUCCCGUUGUUAAUGUUCAUUUACCAAAAGAUCGUGUUACUCAAACACAUCAAAAUUAUGGAUUUUGCGAGUAUAUGAGUGAAGAUGAUGCUGAUUAUGCAAUAAAAAUAAUGAAUCAAAUCAAAUUAUAUGGGAAACCAAUACGUGUUAACAAAGCAACAUCAGACAAAAAAAAUUUAGAUGUUGGUGCUUCAUUAUUUAUAGGGAAUUUGGAUCCAGAUGUAGAUGAAAAAAUGUUAUAUGAUACUUUCAAUCCUGAUACUGGAAAUAGUAAAGGGUACGGCUUCAUUUCAUAUGACAAUUUUGAUUCAUCGGAUGCUGCAAUUGAUGCUAUGAAUGGCCAAUAUUUGAUGAAUAAACCAAUUACUGUUUCAUAUGCAUUCAAAAAGGAUGGUAAAGGCGAACGUCAUGGGAGUGCAGCUGAAAGAUUAUUGGCAGCACAAGCAAAGAAAAAUCAAAGUUUGCCAAAUCGUUUAUUUGCUGAUAUUCAUCCUGUUACUCAAGUACUACAACCAUCACUUAAUAAAUUUAUAUAG